AAACCUCUUGGCAAAGAAGCCGCGCGACGAGCAGCAGCGAGCCCAGGUGCGCAGCAAGGAGGUGGCACUGCCGGACGGCCCUCCCGCUGUGCUGGACGCCAAGGACGUGCAGCUGGCGCUGCAGCUGAGCGAUGCCUUUGGCAUCAACGAGGUGGACUGUGUGGCGCUGCUCGUGGCGGCACACCAUGAGUGGGGCAUAGCGGGGCGGGCAGACAGUGACGUGGUACGCCUGGCAGCGGGGUUGUGGUUCACAGAGAGGCGAGCGCUGCUCUCCACGCUCUUCCUCCUUCUCAAGGUGGCAGUGGUGGGCGACAGUGCAUCAGACCCCCUACUGCUCAACCACGUGCGCCGCUACCUGCGUUCCCUCCUCCAAUCAGGCCUCACCGCCCGCCUCUUCCGCCUGCUUCGGGAGCUCAACCGACCCGACGCCUCUGGUUCGGGCUCGCCGAGCCUGACCCUCGUGGUGGCUGGGGCUGCUCCCCCUGCUGGGGCGUCGCCGGUGCCUGGGGGAGGGGAGGGGGGAGGGGGAGGCGGAGGGGGGGGAGCGGGGGGAGUGGGGGAGUAUGUGAUGGACGGGAGGGGGCUGCUGGCGAGGCGGGGGGAUGUGGUGCAGCGGGAGAGGCUGCUGGUGGCUCAGUGCGUGGCGCUCUCAUGCCUGCUCUGCCGACUCGGUCCCGUGCACCGUGCUUUUCUUUGGACUGCUUUCCUUUAUCACCAGUUCUUCCCUUCCUACGUCCGUUCCUCACUUCCCCCUCCGCCCAUUGGCCCGUCUUCUCUGCUCUGCUCUCCACAGACCCCGCUGUUGGACGCCAAGGAACUCGUCGAGAUGUUGCAGGACAACCCCAAGGAGGCCAAGGAGCUCUUCGAGUUGCUGCAAGACGCCGCCCGUGAUUGGUCCGCUGCUACCUCCUCCUCCCACUCCCCCUCCUCCACCGCCCUCGCCCUUCCCCCCAUCCCGGCGCCAUUCUCUCUCCCUGCUGCCCCCUCACCCACGCCGUCUACUGCCAGCACUGCCACAGCAGCAGUGGCGCUCCACAUCACCUACACGCUCAUGUUCGCGCUGCUGCACACCCUGCUCUCUGACUCCCUCGCCUCCCCCUCCUCCGCCGCUGCCUCUGCUGCUGGGGGGGCUGGGGGACCUGGGGGGGCGGCUGCGCCUUCUUCUGCUGCCCCUGCAUCUCCUUCCCCCUCUGCGGCCCUGCCUGCUGUGCUGGCGCCCAACGAGGCGUUCCGCAAGGAGUUCAGCCGAUUGGUUCUCAAGGCAACACCAUCCCCCACUGCCCCUGCAUCCUCCCACGCCCUCGUCCCAUUCCAGUCCGGCCCACUCUCCCUCCCGCCUCAGCCCUCCCCCUCUGCUUCCACCUCCUCCCCACCCUCCUCCUCGCCCCUCACCCCCCCUGCACCUGAUGACGUCAUCUCUGUCAUUCGCCUCGCCUGGGCGGUUUUCCUAGCCAACACCAGCACCCUCCCAGCCUUCUCCGCCCCGAGCCUCUCCCCCUCCCGAACGUCCGCCCGAGGCUCGGUUGCAGCGGCGGCCCUUGUGGCAGGAGGUUCGGGAGAGGAGGUGGUUGGGGAUGAGGUGGCAGUGGCUCGGGAGUGUUUAAAAGACGAGACUUUGUUAAGUGCCACGACGCUGCUGCUGCAGCACGUGUUGUCAUCUGCGGUGUUUGAAAAUGAUGAUGAGGAUUUAACAUUCACCUAUAUGGUCUACACCCACAAGCUCCUCUCGUCCUUCUUCCUCCAGCCAAUCACGCGCGAGCGAAUCCGGGAGCUGCGCCACGCCUCCCUCUCCCUCCCUUUCCUCCCCGCCACGUCAUCAUCCGGCCGUCCAGCUCAUGCUGACGUGGACAAGGUUGCGCGCUUAGCUGGCGCGUACCCCCACAGCAUGGGGCGUGGCGUGGCUCGAAGCUUAGAGGAAGAAGACGAGAGAGAGCAGAGGCAGCAGCAGAGGGAGGAGGCAGAGGCACAGGAGCAGGUGGCAGUGAGGGGGAGGGCGUAUCUGGGGCUGCUGCAGCUGGUGGGGGCGGUGUAUGCGCGCCAGCCGGAGCUGAUGGGGGGGGGCGGCGUGCUUUGGCAGUUUGUGAUGUACGUGGGCGAGGAGCACAGAGGGGCGGCGUCGCUGGUGGCGUUUCUGAACCUGCUGGGCCAGCUGGCCACAGGAGAGGAAGGUUCUCGGCAGGUUCACGAGCUCAUGAAUGGGCGGCAUCUGCGAUCAGUCAGCUGGCAUGCGCUGAUGCAAUCAUUGCAGGUGAGGUGCAAUCAUUGCAGCUCUCACAUUAAAGAACCCUCGCCCAUCUCACAAUCAGACGCCUCUCUGUCCUUCCCCCCUCUCCCCUCCCAGGCAUACGACGAUUGCCUGCACCAAGCCUUUCAGGACCCCUCUCUGCCAUACCAGCACCAGCACCACCAGCACCAGCACCACACCUCCCUCUUCCCCCCGGAAGACACAGCCGUCCUCGAGGCGUACCUGACGUGUCUGCACCAGGUGCUGCGCCACUCCCCUGCGCCCCUGCGCACGCGCCUCUUCUCCGAUGCCUUCUUUGACUCGCUCUUCCGCCUGCUCCCCCACGCCGCCGUCCCCCCCGCCCUCAAGGGCGCCCUGCGCUCCGCCAUCGCUGCCUUCCUCGGCGCCCCCGCCACCGUCGCUGCGCUCACCACCACAGCCGCUGCUGCUGGUUCUGCUGCCGUGGCAGGAGGGGGUGGUGCAGGUGCUGCUGCUGCUGGUGGGGCGGCAGCAGGGGAUUUGAUGGCGCUGGCGGCAGCAGCGGCGGGGCUGACGGGGGCGGCGGCGGCAGCGCUGGCGGCACGCACAUGGGCGCUCGAGGAGUUCUAUGACCUGCCGCCCUCAGCUUCUGCGACGCUGGAGGAGCAACAGGCAUCCCCCUACAACAUGGGCAUGGAGUUGAGCGUGGUGGAGGCGAGGGUGGAUGAAUACCCCUCUCUCCAUGCGCCAUACGACAUGGGCAUGGAGUUGAGCGAGGUGGAGGGCACCUCUCUCCUCUCUCUCCAUGCUCGCCCCUCCACAGCCCCCUACGACAUGGGCAUGGAGCUGAGCGAGGCGGAGGCCAGGGUGGAGGAGUAUCCCUCCCUGCGCUGCACUUUUCUGUGUGCAAUGCUAAUUCUAUGCCAUGCCCCGCCACCACACCACCCCCCUCUCCCUGAGCAGCGCCCCUCCACAGCUCCAUACGACAUGGGCAUGGAGCUGAGCGAGGUGGAGGCGAGGGUGGAGGAGUAUCCGUCAACGCUCUCCUUCCUGCGCCUGCACAACACACUACUCGCCCUCGACCCCCUCUCCCGCCCCGCCAGGUUCCUCGACUACUUCCGGUUCGUGACCAGCAGUGUGUUUGUGCCGUACACUCGCCGCGUGUACGCCAAGGCAGACGAGAUGUGGCAGCUGCUGCUCGCCUCGCUCUCCCUCUUCCACCUCGCCCUCCUCCUCCUGCAACGCUCCCCCCUCCCCACUGCCCCUUCGCUCGCUGCGCUCUCUGCUGCUUCCUCCUCUUCAGCCAAUGGGCUGCUGCCAGCUGGCGCUACACCGGGACUGCUGCUGAUGAAGGACUUCCUAUCAGCAGGCCCAGCUCUGCGCAACAUCAUCGCCAUCAUCUCAGCGGGCCCCGACUCUCUCCUAGAGGAGCGCGCCCUGCGCCCCCAGGCGCUCUCAUUCGCCCUCGAAGACACCGUCGCCGCCUGCCUGCGCCUGCUGCUGCUCGCGCUCUCCCUCGACCAAUCGCUGGCCGACACCUGGCAGCCCGCCGUGCGUCUGCUGCACCUCGUGCUCGCGGAGGACGUGGCGCUCGUGACAGCUGUCAUGUCCUUCGUGCGCUACCAGCCGUCGGAUGCCAUCCAACGGUCGGCGAUCGAGCUCACGAGCGUCUUCAGUGCGCGUGGCGUGCCACUUGUCGCGAUGGCAUUGGAGGCGGGCAUGGUGCAGCGAUUGGUGGAGGACUUUGCAGAGUGCCUUGACGUCAGCGCUAGUUCCGUGACUGUAGAGAGCGCUGGUGGUGGCGAUGGUGGUGUGACUGUGGAUGGUGGGGAGGAAGAAGGCGGGGAGGAGGGCAGCGAGCAGACAGACUGCGCUACCCUCAUUCUCCAGCUGCUGCUGGCAUCAUUAAGGAGGCAGCCCCCCACACUGGCGCACAUGCUGCUGGGGUUCGAUGUGGACAGGCCGCUCGCUGCCUCCGUGCUGCAGCCCAACCGCCGCUUCAGCGCCCUCCGCAUUCUCCUCGACCUUGUGCUCUCCACAGGAGCAGACGGCGACACCGACGCCGACCAAUCAGACGCCGCCACCGCGCCACGUGUCAGCCUGCGGUUAGCGCGCCUGCGUGAGAUGAGCGUGCGAGUGCUCUACCACCUGGCAGCCGACCCCGCCACAUCAGCACCCACAGCAGUGCUGCUGCAGGCGAAGCCUUUGAGCUUCUUCGCUCCCUUGCUCUCCUCCGCGCUCACAGCGCCGCUGCCCCGUCGUAGCAGCAGCCCCAGUCACCGCGUGGCAGCCCUGCAUGAGCGCGCGUGGCUGCUGAAGCUGCUCGCCCUGGCCCUCCACACAACGGCCCCUGCCGCGCACACCCACAAGCACCACCACUCCCACCACGCCGCCCAUUCCGCCACCGCAGGGCGGCAACUGGAGAUCUGCCGGCAGAUUCUGUCGGCACUGUUCAUGGCGGACGGGGGUAUGGGAGGGGCAGAGGAAGGAGUGGGGGCUGGGGAGGGGGGGAGUGGUGCGCUGGUGGUGUGGGGAGGAGGGGAGCAGCAGGCGGAGGGUGCAAGGGGAGGCGUGCUGGGGGCCAAUCAGCUGCUGGAGUUGUUUCUCUUCGCCCUGCCCGACGUUUCUCCCAAGUUCCCACCACACAUUGCUGCCGUGCAUCAGCAGCUGCAGCUGGAGGAGCUGCUGGGGACGGCAGCAGCGGUGGCGGAGGGGGGAGUGUUUGAAGUGAAUGAGAGGGGUGAUCGGCUUGUGGACCUGCGAGCUCUCUCACACAUCCUCACCCAGAGGUUUGCCGUGGUCGAAGCACAGCGAGGUCCGGGAGCACCGUUCCUGCCAGGCCCGAACCUGGGGGUGACAGGCUCGGCAGCAGGUUCGGCAGAGGUGCGGCAGGAGGCAGUGAGGGAGGCGUUGAGGUUCGUGUGGCAGCGCAACCGAGUGGAGGAGGAGGCAGCAGCCCAGCAGCACGUGGCUCUGGCGUGGGCUCAGCUGCUGCAGAUGGCACUGUCUCGAAGAUUUGAUCUGCUGCCACCACAUGCCCGGCUGGAAGCAUUGUUGCAGCUGCUCUCCGCGUGUCUGAGAGCCAUCGCCGCGCCUCACAUUCCCCUCUCCCUCGCCAAGCCCGUUUCCCAGGUCGUCCUAGUGGCAUUCCUCCAGCUGCAGCACCUCUCCUCCUCCUCCCCUUCCUCCUCCUCCUCCGACGCACCCUCCUCUGACGACGCGGGCGAGGUGACGUGGAGCGACGUGAUUGGCCACUCUUCCCUCUCCGACGCAAGCAACAGGGAGGGACUGGGGAGUGCGGCAGGAGGGGCAGCAGGGGGCGGGGGGGCUCGGGGGCAGCCUCCGGAGGAGGUGAGUGAGCGGCAGGAGGUGAGUGGGUGGGAGGAUGUGAGUGGGCAGCAGGAGGAGGCGAGUACUGAGCAAGCCUGGUGUGAUGAUGACAUGAUGACCUCAACAUACCUCUCCUCAACCCUAUCAUGCUUCUCUCCCUCCCUUCUUCCAACCUCUCCUUCCCUCUCGUGCCAUCCGCUCUCUUCUCCAUCCUUUCUCUCCCCCCUCCCACACCCCCUCCCCCCUCCCACAUCCCCUCACCCCUCCCACAUCCCCUCCCCCCUCCCACAUCCCCUCACCCCUCCCACAUCCCCUCCCCCCUCCCACAUCCCCUCACCCCUCCCACAUCCCCUCCCCCCUCCCACAUCCCCUCCCCCCUCCCACAUCCCCUCCCCCCUCCCACAUCCCCUCACUCCUCCCACAUCCCCUCCCCCCUCCCACAUCCCCUCCCCCCUCCCACAUCCCCUCCCCCCUCCCACAUCCCCUCCCCCCUCCCACAUCCCCUCACCCCUCCCACUUCCCCUCCCCCCUCCCACAUCCCCUCCCCCCUCCCACAUCCCCUCCCCCCUCCCACAUCCCCUCCCCCCUCCCACAUCCCCUCCCCCCUCCCACAUCCCCUCCCCCCCCAGGCUAUACACGUCGCUCCUCACCUUCCUCGCGAUCUGUGCACGCCGCUUCCGCAGUGCUGACGUGGACAUCUCACCAGCUGUCAUGGCGCUCAUUCUCAGGGAGCUGCCCGGGGAGGAAACUUCCUCCGACCGCUCCCUGGAUAUGGUGCGUGGGUGCUGGGGGGAAGGGAGGGGGUUGGGGGGCGGGAGUGGGGGUUCGUGGGCGAGGGAGGGGGGUUUUAGGGGAGGGGAGGGGAAAGGGACUUCCUCUGACCGCUCCCUGAAUAUGGUGUGCGUGUGCUGGAAGGGGGGCAAGAGGGAAGGGGGAGCAAGAAACGAGGAGAGGCGGGGGUUGGGAAAAUGGUUGGAUCGGCAGCGCAGGGAGAUGCAGCGAGCCACACACGCCCUCCUCUCGCCCCACCUGCCCGCUCUCAUCCGCACUCUCUCCCACGACGCCUCCUCCUCCCCCUCGCCCCUCACUCGCUCCCUCGCACUCGCCGCCCUCUCCUCCCUCCUCUCCCACUCCGCCGACCCAAUCGCUGCUUCUGCCAGCCUGGCGCCGACCAAUGGCAUCGCGACAGCUGGACGGGACCACCGGAGCAUCUUUGCGCAAUCCCUGGGCGGUGGGCAGAAUCAGAAUCUGCCGAUUGGAUUUGGGCGGCUGCCGGAUUUGGCGCCGGGGAUGACGUCAGCGCUGGCGGUGGCGUCCACGUCAGCAGCAGCUGUGCUGAGUCAGAUGCAGGCGCAUGGAAUGGUGCAGGCGUGCAUAGCUGACGUCAGCAAGGGGAUCUCAGAGGUGCUCCUACUGCCUUCGGCCGACGCCCAGCGCCAGGCGUUCGUGACGGAGGCGCGCCUCUCACUGCUCCUCUCCAUCGCAGCCUCCACGGGGCGCCAGGGGCUGCUGCUGCUGCUCAACGCGGGCUUCCUCCGCGCCAUGGCCGCCUGCCCCUCGCUCGACGCCCCUGUCUCUGAAUCAUCCUACCUCGCGCCCACCCCAGUGGGGCUCUCAUCACUGGACGUCCCAUCUGAGUCGCUCUGCUUCGCCCACCUCGUUGCCCCCGUGCUGCGCCUCCUGCUCGCCCUCUCCACGCUCGCCCCGCCUGACGCCUCGCUCUCCCCACACGCAGCACCCUCCGAUGCCACUGUGAGUCCCUUGUGCUGCCCGUAUCCUCAAGAUUCGUCUACCCUCGCCCCGCCCGCCGACUCGCUCUCGCCGCACGCAACGCCUUCCGACGCCACU